AUGAACCUGACAGAGUUUAUUCAGUCUGAUCGCUGUGUGCAUUUCUCCUGUCCAGAGAGAACUGUAUCUCUUGCAGUUUACAUCUUACUCUACAUUUGUUCAGCUGCUGUGGUUCUUCUAACAGUUUGUGGAAAUCUGCUCGUCAUCAUCUCUGUUUUUCAUUUCAAACACCUUCAUACACCAACAAACACACUUGUGCUCUCUCUGGCUGUGUCAGAUUUUCUCAUUGGCACUCUACUACUGCCGUCAAUGUUGAUCUGGACGAUUGAAUCAUGCUGGAUUUUUGGAAGAGAUUUGUGUACUGGUGUAUGGUUAAUUGGUGGUCUCCUUUUUCUUGUAUCUAUCUAUAAUAUUGCUCUGAUCUCCGUGGAUCGAUAUUUCGCUCUCUCAAAGCCAUUUCUUUACACAAACAAAAUCUCUAGGAAGAUGAUGUGCACUGUAGUUUAUUGUAACUGGUUUGUGUGUCUGGCAUAUAACAUAGCAUUCUAUUAUUUUAAUGGAAACUUCACAAAUUAUUUAAUUUGUCCUGGACAGUGCUAUUACUUUCUAAAAGAGGCCUGGACUAUAAUUGACCUUGUAAUAAUGUUAAUAUUUCCACUUUCUGUCAUAAUCAUAUUGUAUACUCUGGUUUUUGUAAUUGCUAAGAAACAUGCCACUGCUAUCAGGGAGCUUAAUAAUCAAACACAGCCAAAAACACAGAAAAGCUCCUCACACUCAGUUAAAUCUGAGAGAAAAGCAGCUAAAAUCCUUGGCAUUUUAGUGUCUGUGUUCUUGGCCUGUUUACUCCCAUAUUUCCUUUGCAGUAUAUUUGGAAAUGUCAUUAAAAUACCAGCAGAUGCAUUUCGUAAGGUCAUGAUCUUGGUUUAUCUUAACUCCAGCAUUAAUCCAUUUAUUUAUGGUCUGUUUUACCCGUGGUUUAGGAAGUGCAUUAAAUUAAUUAUAACUUUGCGGAUAUUUCAAAAAGACUCGGAAUUAAUCAAUGUUCUUUCAUAA